CGCAAGCUAUAUUCUCCACUGCGCCAGCUAAUCACGAUACGAAUGUGACUGGACUCGCGGCUCCGGAGUGAUUCACGCAUGCUCGAUGGAUCUGACUCCUCUGCUCAGCGUUCAACACUGCGCAAGAUUAGCUCGUAUAUUCGUAAGUAGACUAUCAGCUUCGGCAACCUGACGAUGCCCCCGUUGCUAGUACCCUACCACCUCACUGCCGCGGUCGUCACUCUCAAUCUCGCUGUGGGUAGCUCAAUCAUUCGUUUCCAGACGAGAGAAAGGGAGAGUAGUAUCAAGCUUCCGAGGACGCGUCAAGAGGGUGACCUUACUGCCACCCCACGCACUAGCAGUGUCCUGGAGCUAGAGUGCGAGUCAGAUGUGCGCGACCCGUUCGAAGUUGUUGAGCUGGAGGAUUGCGUGGAUGGGUAUGCGGUCGAUGAGGAUGGGUUUUGGAAAGAGAUGCGCCUUCGCAAGGUCUGCAUUACCAUCACUCUCCUCGCCGUUUUCGUCCUCGAGGCCAGCUCUCUGGGCUGCGUCGUACAUGAUGCUCGCAAAGGCGUCGACGUCUUCCUCACAUACGCCCUACGCAUGCUCUUCUCGCUCUACCUCGCUGCGCUCUCUGCCAGUUCCAUUGCGAGCGUAUCCGUAUAUGCGCAUAAACGCGCCGUGAUACACUUGGCAGUGCUCACCGCAACAGCUGCAUGUCUACAAAUCGUUAUCACCAUCCUUUCCACUUCCUCUCCUGCAACAUCGUCUACUGCACUUGACAGACUCUGGCUCAUCACACUCGUUCUCUACGUUCUCAGCACGGCGCUCAUAUGGACGCUCCCGACUGGUCCCCAGCUCUAUUAUCCACCCGAGCGCAUAUACUCAACAAACGCAAUGGCGACGAAUGCAUCGACCACGCCAAAUCUUGCUGUCGGCACGCUACUUUUAUACCAACUCAUCGGCCCAUCCUGCAUCUGGGGCCUGCUCGUCAUCGUCGUCCUCUUCCCGCUCAAUUCCCUCGCAGGCAAACUCGUCGUCCGCUCACAAGACGGACUCAUGCAAGCCCGCGAUGCCCGCGUCGCACUUACAAACGAGAUCCUUGGCGCCAUCCGCACGGUCAAGUUCAUGGCGUGGGAGCGCGCGUUCGAGCGGCGCGUGCUCGCCAUCCGCACGCGUGAACUCGGGUUCCAGAGGACGAGCUAUACGCUCGAGGUCCUCUACAUCGCGUUCUGGGACGCGUCGCCGCUCCUCGUCACGCUGGCCGCAUUUUGGCAUUUCACCGUCUGGCGCGGGCAGACGCUCACGCCGUCGAUCGCGUUCCCGACGGUCCUUGUGUUUGAGCAGAUGCGGUUCGUGUUCAACUCACUCCCUGAGGCGUCGGUGAAUGUGAUCCAGUCGUUUGUGUCGCUAAGGCGCAUCGAGAGGUACCUCUUACUUCCCGAGAUCGUGUCUGCUCCGCCUCCUUGUGCGUCACCUGGCGCUGGGUCUGUCUCUGAUGCUAGCCCUAAAUCAGACGAACUAGAAGGUUUCAAGAACGUAGUGAAGUGCACAAACGCGACUCUCGCCUGGCCUCGAGACAGUGUGCAUGGCGUGAGCCUCGGCGUCGUCACGGACAGCACAAUGGCUUCGGGUUUUAUUACGCCUACGCCUCAAACUCCUGGUGUGCUGUUUUCCCUCGUUGACGUGAACCUCUGUUUUCCGCCAGGCGAGCUCUCGCUUGUGUGCGGCAAGCUGGGUAGCGGGAAGACCCUGCUUAUGCUUGCUCUACUCGGGGAGGCGGAUGUACUUGCGGGGCAAGUUGUAUGUCCGCGUAGCCCACCAGAGUCCCUUGCACGUCUUGGGGAGAGAGGGAUGUAUUCUGGAGAGACGGGUGAUACGGGAGAAUGGACUGUCCCUGGAAUCUGUGCGUAUGUGCCGCAGAAAAACAUUCUCUUCGGCCUACCGUACAACGAAACCCGGUAUCAACGUGUCCUCGAGGUAUGUGAGCUCGUGACGGACCUCAAAGUUCUCGAGGACGGGGAUGAAUCCGAAAUAGGCGAUCAGGGUGUUAAUUUGUCUGGUGGUCAGAAGGCACGAGUGUCGCUCGCCCGCGCAGUCUAUUCACGCGUAUCGCUUUUGCUGCUAGAUGAUGUGCUCUCCGCCGUCGACGCUCAUACAGCACAUCACCUCUACUACAAAUGCAUCAAAGGCGACCUUGCGAAAGGUCGCACAGUCAUCCUCAUCUCGCACCACGUCCAGCUCUGUGCGUCGGGGGCUAAUUAUAUUGUCGCUCUUGAGGGUGGUCAUGUUGCAUUCGCUGGCGAUCGCUUGGAGUUUCUCGCUACGGGCCUUGUGGAUAACAUCGUACCUGCCAAAUUUGACACAGAAGACGCUAAUGUGAAUACGCCCUCGUUGACGGUUCUGGAUUCAUCCAAGAUAAUUGACAACAUAGACAAAAUGGACUCAUCUGCCACGGACGUUCCAGAAGCAAAAGCCGACGUCGCGAAGAAAGGUCCUCGCAAGCUCGUCGGUGAGGAAAAGCGUGCCGUUGGGGCUGUCAGCAACGAUGUUUGGGCGACGUAUUUUGAUGCUUGCGGCAAAUACUGGUACUGGUCUUUGUUUGUCGUCGUUUUUGUACUAGCUGCUCUUGCACCAGUUGCGGAGAGCUACUGGCUCAAGAUCUGGUCCGGGACAAGCCCCGACAAAACUGAUCGGAAUGGACCAAUGUACUACAUCGGGAUCUACGCUGCUUUGACGCUAGCGGGUGUAGCCGCCUCAAUGUUUCGCUAUGUUGUGCUUUACGCAGGUUCCAUCGAAGCUUCUGACGUUUUGUACAAGCGCCUCCUCGACUCAGUCCUAUUCGCUCCCAUUCGAUUUCACAACACCAUCUCGCGUGGACGGCUGCUCAAUCGGUUCGGCAAAGACUUCGAGGCCGUCGACAGCCGGCUUGCUGGCAAUUUCGGCCAUACCCUAAUAUAUGCGCUUUCGCUCGCUGCCAUGGUCAUAUCCGUCACCGCUGCUGGCGGCUUACCAUUCUUCCUCGCAGCGCUCGUGCUUGGCGCGGCCUCUCGCGAUAUGCGCCGUCUUGACUCCGUCGGCCGCUCCCCGCUGUACUCGCUGUAUGGCGCGAACAUAUCUGGAGCAACGGUUCUUCGUGCAUUUGGCGCCUCGUCCAAGUUCAUGCGAGAUAUGUUAAGGCGUGUCGACACACAAAUCAGCCCUACCUACUGGCAGAUGGCGGUUAAUCUCUGGCUCUCGGCACGGUACGACGUUCUGGCGACGGCGACUGUGGGGCUUAUGGGUGACAUUGUGGUCAUGACACUGGGUAUUUCCGCCUCUCUUGCGGGCUUUAUUCUCUCCUUCGCAGUGCAGAUGAACAUCGCGCUGGUCUUCCUUGUUAGGCGAUAUGUCAGCCUUGAGCAGAGCAUGGUUGCGCUUGAGCGGAUCAAGGAAUACAUAGAACUUGACCGAGAACUCCCUGAGUUUGUGGAGCCAUCUCCGGCGCUGACUUGGCCUGACAGGGGUGCGGUUAAGUGUGAGAAUCUUGUUAUUCGCUAUGCGCCCGACGUGCCGAACGCGCUACACAGCAUCAGCUUUGAGAUUCAUCCCGGCGAGAAGGUCGGUAUUCUUGGAAGAACAGUAUCGGGAAAGAGCACGCUCGCGUUAUCGUUCUUCCGCUCCGUCGAGGCGACUGAGGGGCGUAUUCUGAUCGACGAAGUCGACAUUAGCAAAAUUAGUCUCACAGAUCUGCGCAGUAACCUAACAAUUAUUCCUCAGGACCCUACGAUCUUGAGUGGAACGAUUCGUUCGGCUUUGGACGUAUUUAAUGAAUACGAAGACGCGGAGAUCUUUGAGGCUCUCCGUUGUGUACACCUCAUACCAUCAUCCUCGAGCGAGAUCUCUCUGGCGGACCCCAUUACUGAUGCGGCCAAAUCCAUCAACGCGAGCGCAUUCCAAAGCCUCGAAUCUCCGGUUUCGGAAGGUGGAGAGAACUUUUUAACUGGCGAAAAGCAGCUGCUUUGCAUGGCAUGCGCAAUAUUGGAGCGGUCAAAGGUGCUCGUGAUGGAUGAGGCGACGGCAAGCGUCGAUUACGGGACAAACGAACUGAUAGGCAAGAUCAUCAGACAAGAAUUUGCAAAAAGCCCUGUUCUUACCGUCGCCCACUGUUUGAGGACAGUGAUUGACUACGAUUGAGUCAUACUUCUCGACCAAGGACGGAUCGUCGAAUUUAACAGACCAGCCGCUCUCCUUUCAAAACCUGAUAGCCAGUUUUAUAGCUUGUGUAAGGCUACUGGUGCAUCCGAGUUUGCUAUCCUCAGGAGGAUGGCUGGGCUGUGAGCAACUCUUUUCUCAUACCACUACUGUAACCCUUGGCGCUCGUCUGCAUCGUUCGAAGGGCAACAAAUCACCCUAAAUCGGCUCAACAAAGGUAUAGCAUGUUUGGCGGGCAUCUCCUUCCUGCCGUUGGCUAGUACGACAAGGAAUAUUAUCCGUUUUUCGAGUCAGGCGGUGGCAGCUAUUAAUUUCUGACCCCGUCAUGGUCUCGUAGUACGAUCAAGACUCAAAUCCAACUUCCAAGCGCAAACCAUCAAGCCGAGUGUGCAUGUGCCUUUAGUAAUAAACGCCGCCAACACGUGUACUGGAAUUUCUUUUAUGUGAAUUGUUGUCGUUAGGGCAGGUUUCUUCUGAGCGAUAUGCAGACGCGCUAUCUUUCUUUAUGCGUCUCUCCAGGACUUCAUUCUGCCUCGAUUAUAUCGCCGCCGCAGUCUUAGCGCCAUGUAUUUCGUCACAAUUAUUCUCGCCGAAAUCUUCAUACUGAGAGCCGGGCGAUGUAUUCAGCCACAUACAGGCCCAGACAUAUGGCCUUUCACUGCGGUCGUCGGUGCUGGGACUGGACACAGAUGAUGCUAGUGUGUCGACGCUGGUAUCUAGUCAUGAUCGAGCUGAGUGCUCUUUGGGGUUGUCCUCCGCUGAACCAAAAAGAACUCGCUCAAAGGGUUCUCUCGCGCUCGGGCCCGCGCCCGCUGUUUGUCCGGUGUACUCUUUCCCCGCAAGACGACUGGCCUAUUGAGUUUUUAGGGCGCCAACAGGGUCUGUCUCGCUGCUGCGAGAUUGUUAUCAGUUGCAGCCACUUCUACGAAGCGACCGAGGUUCGAGACCUCUUUCAACACAUGCCUUGCCCAGCACCCCUCCUUGAAGUGCUCGCGCUUAACGUUGAUGGUGCUAUCUGUUUAUCCGAGAAAUUUCUACGGGGCUUACCCAACCUACGAACGUUGGCCCUCGCACGCUGCGGUCUGGAUACCUGGGCCUCCUUUCCCCUACACAAUCUCACUGCUCUCAUUAUCUGCGACACUUCUGAUGUAGCUCAUCGCCCCACUUUCUCCAAAGCCAUUGCCCUCCUACGGCAAACUCCUCGCCUGCAGAUGCAUAUGCUUCUCUUUGAUCCUGUUGGACAGGAUCCGCCGGGAAGCGUCCUGUUCAAUUCUGCCUGUUCUGUCGUGUUACUCCCCUGCUUAUCCAGAGUGUCAUUUUCCGGGGAAGGCGUUGAUCCCCUUCUGAUCUUUCAACGCCUCUCCAUUCCUGAGCAGGCGAUCAUUGACCUUCACAUUGCAGCCGCGAUCCUCCACACAACGAGCUUUACCUAGAAGGACCCGUCAAACUCCUCAAUCUCCU